GUCAUUUCUGGCAGUCACCUGAGCCACUCGAUAAACUCCUGCUCCUAGCAACCCGCAUCCGCCAGUGAGUGAGGGGGCGAGAGGAGGGGACUGAGGGAGAGUGUCGAGCAAGAGACAGGGAAAGAGAGAGGGGGAGAGAAAGAGAGAAAAAGAGGCGAUGAUUGUGUGUGAUUGCAUGUGUGUGAGCUACAGGGCUCACACAUAAAGACAGAGGGACCAUAUCUUCUUCAGAACCAGGCUGUCGUCACGGACAAGGGGAGGCGUCGCCGUAGAGACGGAGGCAACGGCGGCAGCCUCAACACCCUGGAUCAACCGUCAACGCAGCAAUACAAGCUUCCUGGAGGAAGGGAUUCCCAGGCUUGUUCUUCUUGUGCCUUGUCUUCUUCUUCCUCUUCUUCUUCUUGCUAAUGGAUGGAAAUUCUCCUGCUGGCUGGAAAGUCAGAGAGGUAUGGGAGGGUGUAGAAAAGACACAGUAAAAGAGAAUGGAAGAAGGAAAGAGCAUGAGCUUAUGCGUGUGCAUGUGUGCGAGUGUCAGAACAAGACAGAACAAGGUUGUCGGCAACAGUGCUGGCAGGAUGAGGGGUAAAGCACUCCGUUACUGCCUCAUUGGGAGCCAAAGACAAAAUUAGUCUUCGCUGCUAACCAGACCAGGGACCAAGUCCUCUGUCUUCACCUGCAGUCGUUGUCUUAGGUCACUAUCUGUCUGAGGCCAGGGCAGUGUUUUGUUCUUUUCUUUUAGCCUUCAGUUUGCCAAUCACAGUCCUUAAAAAAGUUAGUUGGAAAAGAUAGACAGAUACGUGAGAUUGUGUAGGUGAAGGUAUGGCAAUGAUAGAUGGGUAUAUAGACCGGAGGGGCAAAAGAAAGAAAGCAAGAGGAUGAACCAUUCUCCUUCGUGUCUCCUUAGGUGCCAUGUGACGAGUGAAUGGUCCUCUCCUCUUAAUCACCCUUGGGGAGCAGAUAUGGGAUUUACCACCUCUGGCCACUUCUGAAAAAGAAAAAAGAAGGAAAGAAAAAAAGAAAACUGCAUUUCUCCGCUGGGAAACAAUUUCCAUGUGGCCUGGAUGCCAUUCGCUUUCAAACGGAAUUGAAUCAAAAGCAAUUUUCGUGAAAAAGCGUUUUGUUUUUUUUGUUUGUUUUUUAAGCAAUUUGGAAAAGCCACGGUUCUAUCACCAUGAGGAGAGGCAAUAGACUCGAUUUGGGAUCAAGGACAUGUUAAUGGUGCUCAAGGCUGGAGAAGCUGGAUACACAUGUCACUGUCCAAAAAGUCUUCAUCGUACAUGUCCUCCUAGGGCUGCCAUUAUUCCAUGUACUUGGAUCGCACCAUUCAGGACUUAUCUCGGAUUUAAAACCUUUUAUAUGACCCCCAUAUUGUCCUCUCUACUAUCCUCUUCCUGCGAAGCUCUUGGACAUCCCACAGUGCUGUGCAGGAGGAGGCUUGUGCCCAGGCCCCACCAGCUUUCCUGGCUCUGCGGGUGUUUUUAAGAUGUUGGAGCCUGCCUGCGUGGCCCGAGCCCGAGAUCGGAUCAGUGAUCGGAUCAGUAGCACUGCGGCUCCUGGCGGCCCCAGACAUGGGCCACGGCUCGGCCUGCCCCCGUGCUCAGCCCUCCGCCCACCCGCCCCUGCUCCGCCUGUGAAGGAUGUCCAAGAGUCGAGCUCCUGCCCAGGAACCCUCUGAGAUCCCCAGCCAGAGAGAGCGCAUCCGCAGCCACAUGAAGAUGGUGAUCGAGCAGCUGGAAGGCAUUCUCAUAGAGCUCAAAGAUGUGGCCAAAGAGCUGCGGGAGGUGGUGGGUCAGAUCGACAAGCUCACAGCAGACUUCGACUUCGACCCAGAGCCAGACGAAUGGACAGUGGCGACAGCGAGCAGCACAUCGAGUAGUGAACGUGGCCUCACUGAGGCAUUCAGACUCGACUUCCUCAGCCACGAUGUGCUUUCAGACGCCUGGGAUUUCUGCGGCUACCGCAAAAUGGCUCGGGAAGAAGACGACUUGCUGGAAGAGGAAGAGCCAGGGAGCUCGGCCUCGGCCACACCUACGCCCACUGUCAACACAUAUUCGCAGAUGAACGGUGGCCUCCCAAUCCCCAAUGGACCUCUGAUGGUCACUCCAGACUCUUCCAGUGAGGAGGCAUCGAGUUCAACACACAGUCAAAAAACAUCACGCAACUCGGGGACGAGAGAACGAGUUCGCUUCAGCGAUAAGGUCCUCUACCACGCGCUAUGUUGCGACGAUGACGAUGAAGAAGAUGAACCAGAGGAGGAGGACGGAGGAGAGGAUGAUGACAAAGUGGACUGCGGGAUGCCAGACACAGACAGCGAGCCAAGUCCUUUGGCGUCUUCACCUGUCCCUCCUCUCUCCUCUUCCUCCAAAUGCUCAACCACUCUUCACAAAUGGCGGGAAACCUCUUCGGCCGGACCAUCGCCCGUUAAGAUGGCUAUGCUAGGGCCACACACUCUGCCUAGAAAGGGUCCAUUAAAACCGGGCAGCCGAAAAAAACUGCUGCGCAACAGCAGCACUCAGACAGUCUCAGACAAAAGCACGCAAACAGUAUUGCCAUACGUCCCAGCGAAACAGAAAAGCAAAGAGCCCUAAGGAGACCUUCAACCGAAAGAGCAAAGCAAACUGAAAGAAUAUUUGAGUGACUGUAUAUUAUUUAAUAUCAAACACAUAGAUACUAGAUUAAAACACAAAUUAAUAAAAUGAAUUACUAAAUAAAAUAAAUAAUAUAUGGGAAAACAGUCUGACUUUGAAGUCAUUCUACAGCUGGAGCACGUACACAGAGGUGCACUUCAUGGUUCAUGGUGCCAGUUUUUGUGGGAAGCAUCAUAUAUUUUCAUACAAUUAUUUUAUAAUUAAUAUAUACUGUAUAAAGGUUCUCUAUGCACAAUAAAUAGCUGGAGUGCUGCUUAAACAUAUUAUAUAUAUAAAAGCAUAUUUAGAGUUGGGUUAUAUAUCUCUAAUGAGGAAUUUGACCCCAAAGUGUGCAUAUUGAUUACGAUUACAAAGUCACAAUAAUGAAGAGGAGGGGGGCUAUUUUUUUUAUCCAGAACUGCAGUUAGUAAUAUUACAAUGAGGACUACUUAUGCAGUAUAAUAUUCAUGGCACUAUACCAAAUUCCUGUAAAAAGCUUAUUUGAAUGCAUUUUCCUAUUCGUAUAGCAUCACAUUUGUUAAGUUUUUGUUCAUGUUUAUCCAAUGUUCUGCAUUUAUAACCUAUAACCUAUAAUACACUGACAAGGCAUACCUUUAUGACCACCGAUCAGGCAGAACAUUAUGACCACCUGCCUAAUAUUGUGUUGGACCCCCUUUUGCUGCCAAAACAAUCAUGACCUUUUGAGCAU